CAUUAUUCAAUGCAGAGUGUGAUUGUGGUAUGAUAUGUCAAGGUAUGGAGAUUUUGUGAUGACCACGUCAUUUGAGUAUUACACGAUCAAAAUCACAAACGAGCAACAAUUGUAAAACUCUCAUAAGUUUUCAAUACUCAUAUUUGUCGAAUUUUUAUCACACAUGUGGCAUUUUGCGAAGAUAUAAGGUUAUUGUAAUUUUUGGUUAGGAAAAGAAGCGGCGUUUUUCGAACAUGGAUGUAGUUUUCGCUCGUGGAUUGAGAUUUAGUGUUGAAUUAAGUAAUGCUUCAAUAUUGUUAACAAAAUAUCUUCCAUUGUCAGCAUGUUACACAUGUCGUAUCAAUACACGUUCGAAGUCAGCAUUUCCUGAAAGAUAUCAUUGUUAUAAGGCCGCGUCGCAUAAUUCCUUAGGCCUUGUAAAUAAUAUAUUUGUUUAUCAAAAAUCAUUGAAACAAGAGAUUAACAAAAAUGGUGUUACUCUGGCAUAUUAUUCGGACUUUAAACAAAGCUCUGAUGAUGAAAAACCUCAAACAGAACAAAAAUUGACAAUAUUUCAAAAAAUGAAACAAAUGACUAAAGAUUACUGGCAUGUGUUAAUACCUGUGCAUGUAAUUACUUCUAUAGGAUGGAUAGCUAUAUUCUAUACUGCUGUUAGGAAUGGUGUGGAUAUAGUCCAGUUGUUGGAAUAUAUGAAUUUUAGCGAGAAAUACAUAGAUUUAGUGCGUAAUUCGAAUGCUGGUGAUUUGGCCAUUACUUAUGCUCUUUAUAAGAUAUUUACCCCAAUCAGAUAUACUGUUACUGUUGGAGGAACGACAAUGGCAAUUCGAUAUUUGAGCAAAUUAGGCUACGUGAAGGCAUUGUCAUUCAAGCUUCAAUCAGUAGAGCCUGCGGGCAAAGCUAUGACCAGUACAGUCAAAUAAACAUGCAGCAGAACACAAGAAAAAAUUCAAGACAGAAUAUACGGACCGACACUCGGAAUCGCCAAAAUCAUAAAUAUUACUGCCACACUAUGUCGGACCUAUUGGUCGGAUUGGGCUCGAUGUAGCUCGAGGAUUUGUUGUAUAUUUCUGUUCAUAAAUAUAUUGCAUCAUUGUAAAUUA